GAGAAGUUGUUUUACUAUAGAUUUUUAUAAAAAUUAAAAAAAAUAAUAACAGUAAUAUUAUAAGAUAUAUUUAUGUAUAUAUGUAUAUGAGAAUUAAAAUUUAAUUGAACUUUCACUAACAAAAUUUUUAUUUCGUAUUUAAUUUAAAUAUAAAUAAUAAAAUAAAUUGGAAUUGUAUAAAUAAAAGAAAAAUCUAGUCAAGAAAAAUUUGGAAUCAAUUAAAAAAAACGAAAGAUUAAAAUGAAUAGUUUGAGAGCACUUCAAAAAUCAGCAGGAUAUUUGCAUAGCCAAAAAAAUUUAUUUAAAUUAAAUAAUGGUGCGAUUAUAUCUGGCUUACAAAAUUCUACUAAAAUUCUAAAUAAUCAAAGAACAAUGGCUACUACUGAAGAACCUAAAAAUGAUAAACAAAAAGAAAAAAGUGGUAAUAUUGGAAGAGAUUUAUUAAUGGUUAUUGCAGCUGGAGGUGCUAUUGGUGGUGUUUUAUUCGCUUAUAUGGAAAACAAACAAGUACAAGCUCAGUCAACUAAAGACAAUAAUUAUGAAAAGUAUCAUAAGAUGGUACGUAAAGACUUACCUACAUAUAAAAUGGCUGAUGUUAAUAAACAUGAUACAGAAAAAUCAAUUUGGGUGACAUUUGGUGUUGGAGUUUAUGAUAUAACACCGUUAGUCCCAAUACAUCCUGGUAGCAAAAAUAUAAUGAUGGGAGCUGGCUCAUCUCUAGAACCUUUUUGGGAAAUUUAUGCUCAGCAUAAGACACAACAAAUUUAUGAAUGGUUAGAAACAUAUCGAAUUGGUAAUUUAGAUCCAAAAGAUACAUUUGUAGCAAAUAAUGAAACAAGUGGCCCUUGGGCAAAUGAACCAAUACGUCAUGCAAUUUUGAAACCCGCUUCCAAGCAACCUUUUAACGGAGAGCCCCCAGCAGAAAUAUUAGUUGAAAAAUUCCUUACGCCACAGGAAAUCUUUUACAUAAGAAACCAUUUACCAGUUCCUGAUUUAGAGGAAAAUUCGCAUGAGGUUGAAAUUUUGGAUGAAAAUUCGAAAAAAACCAAAACUUUGACUAUGGCUGACAUAAAAAAAAUGCCGAAAUACACAGUAACCGCAACUAUAAUGUGUGGAGGAAACAGACGUUCAGAAAUGCACGAUUAUAAAUCUGUAAAAGGUCUGUAUUGGGGCAAAGCAGCUGUUGGUAAUGCAAAAUGGUCAGGUGUUAAACUUCGUGACAUUCUUCUAUCAAUGGGAGUGAAAUCAAAUGAAAAGCAGCAUGUUAUUUUUGAAGGAGCAGAUUUAGAUCCAGCAUGUAAUCCUUAUGGUGGAUCAAUAGCAUUAUCGAAAGCCAUGGAUGAACGUGGAGAUGUUAUUCUUGCUUAUGAAAUGAAUGGUCAACCGUUGACACGAGAUCAUGGAUAUCCAUUAAGAGUUAUUGUACCUGGUGUUGUAGGGGCGAGAAGUGUUAAAUGGAUUUCAAGAAUUAGUGUUUCAGAUCACGAAUCAGAUUCACAUUGGCAACAAAAUGAUUAUAAGGGAUUUAGUCCUAGUACCGAUUGGGAUACAGUUGAUUUUUCUAAAUCACCAGCUAUUCAAAAUAUGCCAGUUACAUCAGCAAUUUGUAUACCAAGUCCAGGUGAAUCAGUAAAAGUUUCUAAGGGAGUAAUUCAGAUCAAAGGUUAUGCUUGGUCAGGUGGUGGUAAUAAAGUAGUUCGUGUUGAUAUAACUGCUGACGGUGGUGAUAAUUGGAUUGUUGCCGAUAUUAUUAGACAAGGUGAAGAGCAACCUGGAAAACAUUACGGUUGGGUUAUAUGGCAAGCAGAAAUUCCGGUAAAAAAAAAUCAAAAAGAAAUUGAAAUUUGGUCAAAAGCAGUUGACUCCAAUUAUAAUGUUCAACCUGAAACAUUUAAAAAUACUUGGAAUUUAAGAGGUGUUCUUAGUCAUGCUUAUAGCAGAAUCAAAGUUAAAUUACAACAUUAAAUAAUUAAAUUUUUUUUUUUUUAGUAUUUUUGUAUAUAGUUGAUAAUAUUCUAAAUAUUACUUUUAGAAAAAUAUUUUGAAGGCUGAAUUAUAGAGUUUAUAAAAUAAACUUUAAAACAUUUUUAGAAUUGAAUUCAUCUUUUAAAUAAAAUCUUUUUUUAAAUAUUUUGUAUUUA